AUGUUAAAGGUGGCGAAGCUGAUGAGGAGUGUAGCAAACAGGGAUCGUCCUGUAGCUGAGAGUGGAGCUGCUGAGUGUUCAGAGUGUGGAGGGGGGAGUGUUGCUGGGGAGGAUGGGCUCGCUCAGUGCACUCAGUGUACUCCGGGUUAUUACUCUGUGGAGAGGACUUUGUGUGCUCCUUGUGCUCCUGGCUCCUUUAACAAUAUUACCGGGGCCAGCCAGUGUCAACUGUGUGGUGUGGGGUACGACGCCCCCCAGAACGCGAGUCUUGCUUGUGACAUGUGUGAGCCAGGCGCCUUCUCCGACAACACCGGCACACCUGAGUGCAGUCUCUGUUCUCCGGGUCAUGUUGUGGAUAUCUCCGGAGCUGAGGGAUGUGAUGCUUGUCCUCAGGGGUACGAACAGCCUAAAGCAGGAGCGACCCAGUGUAAGAUUUGCCCAGAGGGAACCUACACUGACUCAGAAGGAAGUGAUAACUGUGUGUCCUGUCCGAGAGGAACGUACCAAAAUAAGCAGGGAGGUAACACCUGCUCUCCUUGUCCUGAUGGGAAGACUACAUCAGCUGAAGGAACGACCGGAAUAGAAAAGUGUUAUUGGGAGCAGUGUCCCAUCGGUUACCAUAGAAACUCGGAUACUAAUGAUUGUGACGAGUGUUCUCAGGGAAGCUUUACAGACACUGUAGAGUCUCCUGAGUGUACGCCCUGUGCUAUGGGCUUCUUCAACCCGAUCAGAAGACAAAGAAAGUGUCUUCAGUGCCCUGUAAAACACUGGACCAGAUCUACUGGCUCCAUUCACCCCACCGACUGUAUCGGACCUAUAAUGACAAUGUGUGAUGGCACUAAUAUGACGGGUAACUGUACGACUUACUACGAUGUAGAGCUAUCAGUACCCUUCACCGCUCAGUCCCUUGAAGUAAAGGCCGGCAAGUUCAAGGUCUGUUCAGGCAAGAAAAUGUACCUGAAAUGUGAGAUGAUCUCCUACCCGUUCAGGGCUGAUGACGUCACUGAUGACGUCACCAGACAGCUCUCUUUCAGUCCGCUCAGUUUAGAGUCUGACAUUGACGACUCGUUCUGCUACGAAAACAGAGGAGAAGAGUUCGCUCCCACACGUUUCUACAACGCCACGGUCAACGGACACGGGUGUAAGAACUGGAUGGACACUCAGCACCCGGAAGCGGGAGAUAACACGUACUGCGCUAAUCCUGACCCUAAACAGAAGAACGAGCCGUGGUGCUACACCCACGACCCUGCCGUGGAAUGGGAAUACUGCUCUGUUCCUAAGUGUGUAUGGGACUUUGAGUGCUACACUGGUACCGGGUUUGAGUACAGGGGUACUCUAGCUCGCACGGAACAAGGCUACACUUGCCAGAACUGGCAGAGCGACUGGCCCCAUCCUCAUAGUUAUCACCGUGGUAACGGGGCAGGAGACCAUAACUACGGCAGAAACCCGGGUAACAACGAGCGAGCCCCGUGGUGCUUCACAACCAACCUUUUCAAAAGAUGGGACUACGUUAACCCUGGACGAUGCAGUCGUGACAAGUUCCCAUUCUACAAAGAAUAGUAAUAAUAUCAAGAUAUCCUUUGGUUACCAUGGAAACUAUCAAGAUAUUCCUGCAAUAAACGUGAUUUUAAUUUUAAGUAUUGUUUGUUCUAUAGAGUAAAAUAUAA